AUGAAUCAACAGGGCAAAGUGGCCGAGCUCCGGCAAGAGCUCAAUGGCGGCGGCAAGAAAGACAAGAAUCAUACAGCAAAGAAGAAUGCCCUCAAGAAAAUUGUUGCCAACAUGACAAUGAGCAACAAUGACAUGGUUUCACUCUUUCCUGACAUUGUAGCCUGUAUGGAAAUACCAGUGCUCGAGAUCAAGAAGAUGUGUUUCCUCUACCUCCAGCACUACGCCCGUCUGAAACCCGACGUUGCGCUUCGGGCUCUACCUGUUUUACAAGAGGAUAUGCAAGAUCCAAACCCCUUGAUCCGUGCGCUUGCUCUGCGGACAAUGUCAUAUGUCCACGUAAGAGAAUUUGUUGAAGCCACCAUCGAGCCACUGAAGUGGUUGAUGGGGGAUCAGGAUCCUUAUGUCAGAAAGACUGCCGCGAUCACAGUUGCCAAAGUCUACGACCAUGACAAACGUCUCAUUGAAGUGUCAGAUCUGAUAGAUAGGCUCAACAGGAUGCUCAAGGACGACAACCCUACGGUUGUUGCCAGUGCGCUCGCCGCACUGCAAGAUAUCUGGGAGAGAAACGAAAACAUCCGAUUAACGAUUGAUUACGCCAGCGCGUCCAAGAUUGUGUCUAUUCUUCCGGACUGCAACGAGUGGUCCCAGACAUAUAUACUUGAAGCGUUGACGUCCUAUGUCCCUCAAGAAUCGGAAGAAGCACUCCUGUUAGCAGAGCGGAUAUCCUCUCGGCUUGCUCAUUCCAACUCCGCGGUGGUUCUCACAUGUAUCCGUGUCAUCAUGUACUUGAUGAACUACAUCUCGGAUGACAGAAAAGUGGAAGAACUAUCUCGCAAGCUGUCACCACCACUCAUCACGCUUUUAUCGAAACCGCCAGAGAUUCAAUAUCUGGCUCUGAGAAACGCCAUCCUCAUUCUUCAACAACGACCUGAAGCUCUUCAGCACGACAUCCGCGUCUUCUUCUGCAAGUACAACGACCCCAUCUACGUCAAAGUUACAAAGCUCGAAUUGAUCUUCAUGCUGGCGAACAACAAGAAUAUCUCGAUUGUGCUUAACGAGCUCCGAGAAUAUGCAACGGAGAUUGAUGUACAAUUCGUCCGCAAGGCGGUUCGUGCAAUUGGAAAGCUCGCUAUCAAAAUUGAGUCUGCAGCUCGUCAGUGCAUUGACACGCUCCUCGACCUCGUCAAUGCAAAGAUCCCCUACAUUGUCCAGGAAGCAACCGUGGUGAUUAAGAACAUCUUCCGAAAGUACCCCAACCAAUACGAAUCAGUCAUCUCCACUGUCAUCGGGCAGAUCGACGAGCUUGACGAAUCCGAAGCCAAGGCAGCAGUCAUCUGGAUCAUAGGCGAGUAUGCAGACCGGAUCGAUAACGCGGACUCAUUGCUUCAGGACUACCUCUCGACGUUCCACGAAGAGCCGACUGAGGUCCAACUUGCUCUAUUGACAGCAACGGUCAAACUGUUUCUGCAACGCCCGACCAAGGGUUCUUCCAUUGUCCCGCAAGUGCUCAAAUGGUGUACAGAGGAAACAGACGACCCCGACCUCCGCGACCGUGGGUUUAUGUAUUGGCGACUCUUGUCCACUGACCCAGUGACGGCCAAGAAAGUCGUCAUGGGCGUCAAACCACCGAUUACAGCGGAAAGCGAGAAGCUCGAUCCUCACACUUUGGAAGAGCUGUGCCUGGGAAUCGGGACCCUCGCCACCAUCUAUUUGAAGCCCGUGCAACAGGUUUUCCGAGCUGCACGGCCUCGUCGACUUCAAGACUCGCCAGCUCUGCAGCGUAAGAAAGAGGACUUGAACCGGGCGCUGGGCUCGCCUGGCAUGAGCCUGGCUUACCCUUCCCUAUUGAACACGACAGUUACGACGCCAGGCGGUACACCGCUUGCAGGGCAACAGGCCGCGGUUCAGGCAGCAGACGAAUAUUUCAAGAAUCUCAGUCUCAGCGAUAAUAGUGGUGGAGACAUUUUGACCAGCCCUACAUCGGACAGCAUAGCAGGGAACCCUUAUGUUGUCAGCCAGAGUGCGCCGCAGCAGAUAUAUCAUCCUCAAGCAGGCAUGGCUGGCACUGGCGACCUCUUGUUGUAG